UUUGAUGAAAUGUGUGGUUUGAGUUUGCAAUUGAGCGUCGUUCUAAAUUUCUAACCUUAAUCUACCAUUUACUCAGUUAUCUGAAACGAUGGCAGCGUUUGAAGGGCGUCUCCUGCUUCCACUCCUCUCCGCCUUUAGCAGCAGCAGUGUAAGGGCAACUAAGCUGGUUUGUGUGCAAACGAAGCUGGACAUGGAGGAUGCUUAUCCAUCCAUUGUAGCAGUUAAGGUAGCAAGAAGAGCAAUUUUGGGGAUUGUUGGAGUUAAUGUGGUCCUUGGUAAAUUUUGUGCUGCUCGUGCUGCACCGAUGCAGGACAUGAAAGAACCGGAUGUUCUCAGGACACUGAAGCUUCCUAGUGGGGUCAUAAUACAAGACAUAGUUGAAGGAAAAGGGAAAGAAGCUGACGAAGAAGAUACCGUGCAAUUCAAUUAUGUAUGCAGGAGGUCAAAUGGAUAUUUUGUCCACAGCACCGUCAGUCAGUUCAGCGGAGAAAGUUCUCCAGUCAUACUCCGUCUGGGUGACGAGCAGAUGAUAAAAGGUCUCAAGGAGGUUUUGAGUGGAAUGAAGGUUGGAGGAAAACGACGAGCUUUAAUACCUCCUUCAGUCGGAUAUACUAGCGAAGCUUUACAACCGAUUCCUGAAGAGUUUGGUCCUCGUCGAAGCCUUCUGUCUCAUGCGAAGGAGCCUUUAAUUUUUGAGGUGCAACUCUUGAAGCUUCUUUGAUUAAUCUUUCCUCAGAUCAAACUAAUACAUAGAUUCCAUUCAUAUUACUUUUUCUGGAUUUACUUUAUCCCAUCAUUGAUAGUCAUACAUGAAUUUAUGUAUCUGCAAAUUGUGGUAAUUUGAGAUGGAAAUGAUUGUAUCUGCAAACAUACAUAUGAAUAUGAUAUUACAUCUCAAUCAGUUCA